CAAUAGGGGUUGCGAUAGAACUCACCCGGAUUCUAUUCAAUUCUAGAAACAUGAACCAUAGUUGGUACCUUGUGCCGACACUUCACGAUACGAGAGUUAGAUGAAUUAGAUUCACAAUUUCUUUGUCACCUCUUCUAUCAUACAUGUUGAAAUUGCUGACAGAACAUCACCACGUAACACAAACACUAAAACAAUAAAAUACCUAAAACUAGAACCCUGUAAUGAAUGAGGGUUUAGUUGUAAUAGGAUUUAAUUGGGGUAUUAGUUUGUAAUUAGGUGGUCAUAUAAAAGAGGGAGUAAGUUGUGUAAAGGAAAACUAUCGAAUAACAGAACCAAUUUGCCUCUUCUCUUCUUCUUCCUCUCCUCUAUUCGUUCUUCCUCCUCCCUAUCAUUAUGCUUCCAAUCUUUCCCUCUUCUUCUCUAAAUCUCACUUUCUUCUUCUCUAAUUCAAUCUCAAUCGCCGGGACAGAUCCAGGAUCAUUACAAAUUGGUAUCAGAGCCUCUUCUCGGCACUGACGAUGGGUAUGUUUUCCAUGGAAGAACGGUUCGUCGGUGGGGUUCAUCGGCCGACGAAUUGGGAGGAUUGGGACGCUCGACUGGAGGAGCUAAGCCGGCAGAACAAAACAAUCUUGGCGCAUUUGACAACAUUCGGCCACCGGAGUGAGGCUGCGGAGCAUAGACGAACGAGAGCUGAUGUCCACCUACAGCGCGUUCCACCUGUUCGACAAAUUGCUGAGCCGGAAUUUGCCUCAGGUAUUCCUCUCUUCUCUGGUAAUAAUUCACGGGAAUGGGUUAGGAAGUGCGCAAGGGUGUUCGCGAAGUAUGGCAUUCCGAAGGAACAUCGAGUUAUGAUGGCGGCAAGUUACUUUGACCGCCAUCCAGCGAUAUGGUUUGAGGGGUGGAAAUCUUGCCGUAAGGAGCUGGUUUGGGGAGAGUUUGCAAUUGCCCUGUGUAGUAGGUUUAGUGAUUCGGAGUCAGGUGGAAUUGUGGGUGAGUUCAAGAGGUUGCGACAAAGGGGAUCUUUAAUUGAAUAUCAGGAGAACUUUGAGGACUUGAAGUCCCAUAUGUUACGAUAUAACCCAGCAUUAACAGAAGAGUUUUUCAUCUCCACUUUCAUCAGUGGGUUGCAGGAGGAAUUGAGACCCAUAGUUAAAAUGUUGCAGCCCCAAACAUUAGCUCAAGCUUAUCAUCAAGCUCAAUUCGAAAUGUGUUUGAGGAGUCUCAAUGGAGAUGUAUCGACUGCCCUUAUACCAGUCUCAGAAGAGAAUGCUGAGAAUGCUAUCUUAGUUGUGGCAACGGGAAGUAGUAGUACAUUUAGUGGGAAGAUCAUCUGUGCUGGUGCGGUGAAGCAGAUUAAUACCAACUUAAUGGCUGCGACAGCCAAUGGCAAUGACUUUGAAGAGAAUGGUACAGGGCAUGAUGAGUUGUUGGAUCUCAGUGAAGAAGGUCUAUGCCUCGCUGAAAGCUUAAGUAAUGAAGCAGAUGUUGAUGAGGAUGAGUACAGACAGAGAACAUAUUCUGAAUCAGAUAAAGAAGCCAAACCAUUUUCUCUUUUGAGGGUGAUGGGUGUAGAGAGAAAUAUAUUGAUUCACCCUGUUUCAGCCCCAGAGAGGAAUACUGCGAAUGGUGACUUAGUUGUUGAUACUAUAAGUAUUACGGCCAGCAGCGAGGGCACUUUACUACAAGUCAAAGCAGGGUUAGGAGAGUCUUCUUGCAUUCCAUCAACAGUUUCUCUUCCUACUGCUGGUCAGACCGAGCACCACUGUGAUCUUGAGAAUGGUUUGGAACUGGACACCAGGGAAGGAACAAUAGUAACUGAGUUUGCUGGGCUGGAUAAAAUUGUUAUUGAUGAUGCCGAGUAUAAUAAAAGGAAGAUGGUUAAGAUCAAAGUUAACCAUGAGCUGCAACUUCAGCUGGACUUUCCAGUACAUGUAGAUCUCAACACCGAUUCGGUGCAGCCAUCCCUAAAGCAAUGCCAACUGCGAGAGCUAGUGUACGAGCAGUCAGUGAAGCCAACACAGUCUGUUAGGACCUCUUUUCCUACUUCGGCCAUGGUUAUUGUGAGUGAAAUUAUUGGUAUUAUCGAACCUCAGGCUGUUGAUGUGGUGGAGGAUUCAGCCUUGAGUGGUGUUCCACCUAGAGUGGUGAAGAUUCGGUUGUGUUUUCAGCAACAUCAAUUAGUUCAUAGUGAUGUUUAUGACUUGGGGUCUAUGAUGAAUACCCAAGAUGUUGAUGGCAUUAAAUUUGUCAUUGGAGCAUCAUUUCCUAACAGGUCUGACUUUGUUUUCAGGAAUCAUAAUGGGAUUUUGGUUAUUGGUGAAGGAGAUUGUGUUGUACCAAAAGUUCAAUGGUAUUGGUGGCCUAGAGUAAAACUGGAAAGAAGGGUUGUUUGCUUCAACUUCAUGGAACCAUACAAGGAUGAUUUGGCAAGGGAAGUUGGAGGAAGGAAGAUACCCACAGUAGGGGUGGGCUGACCCAACAUGUCUUCAACUCCAAGUCUCAAGCCUUUGAGAAGCAUACUGCUGCUACCUGCAAGUGUCCUGUUGUUGCAACUCAUUUUGUUUUGUUUUCCUUACCUUGUUUAGCUCAUUUCCUUGUUAUUUUAGUGAUGGAUUUGGUAUUCAGACUUGAGGACAAGUCUGUCCUCAAGAGGUCGGGAUUGUAAUGAAUGAGGGUUUAGUUG